AUGAAUGUUCAAGACAGAAGGAGGCUAUUAGGCCCAGCUGCUGCCAAGCCAAUGGCAUUCAGUAACACUACCAUUCAUACGCUUGAAAACAAGUCAACAAGUGCGCUACCCAAGAAUAGUGAAUGUGAACAAGAACUCUCUUUACAUACUGGAUUCAUCGAGAACUGCAAUGGAUCUGCACUAGUAGAAUCCAGGGACGCAAAACACCAGACGUCACUGAUUACCGCUGUAUAUGGGCCACGCUCUAUAAGAGGGUCUUUCACAUCUCAAGGUACUAUAUCUAUUCAACUAAAGAACGGUCUUCUGGAAAAAUAUAACACGAACGAACUGAAGGAAGUUAGCAGUUUUUUAAUGGGUAUUUUCAAUUCAGUAGUCAACCUAUCUCGCUAUCCUAAAUCCGGCAUUGACAUCUUUGUUUAUCUAACAUAUGAUAAGGAGCUUCAAAAUAAAUGCCUAGACGAUGAAUCACAGAGCAAGCAGAUAUUUUCUCAGAUAUCUUCGCUCAUACCUCAUUGUAUCACUAGUAUAACUCUAGCUUUAGUUGAUGCCGGUAUCGAAUUAGUGGAUAUGGCAGCUGCAGGAGAGGUCUGUGGUACUGUUGUGUCAUUUAUUAAAAACGGGGAGGAGAUUGUCGGCUUUUGGAAGGACAAUGGUGACAAUGAAGACCUUUCAGGAUGUCUAGAUCGUUGUAAGGAGCAGUACAUCCGUCACAGGGAUUUGAUGAUAAGCUGUUUAAUGAAACAGAAAAAUCUAAACAUAUGA